AUGGCAUCGAUUGACCAAGUCCAAGCUGCCAAGGGCCAAGAUGCCCGUAACUCUCAAAAUCAGGUCCAAGACUCCGCAGUUUCUGUGACUAAUGAGGAUGAUCGAGACCUGCUGAAGCUUGGCUAUCGCUCGGUAUUGGCACGGAGCUGGGGCUCCUUCGAUAACUUCGCCUGCUCCUUCUCGGCGUUGAAUGUCAUCGGGGGUAUUCGUGUGUUGUUCUACAUCGCUCUCAGCGGCGGCGGUCCGGCGGCCAUAUGGAGCUCUUGGGUCUCCGGUAGCAUUUUGUCCGUUAUCACCGCCGCCUGUCUCGCCGAAGCUUGCUCGAGCUACCCUGCCGCAGGGUCGAUUUACUACUGGGCGUUCCGAUCCUGGGGAGGUGGUAAAGUCGGACGUUUCAUCUCGUUCCUGGUUGCUGCGUGGACACUGGUUGCGUGGACUGCAUUCCUCGCAAGUGACUCGUUCGGUGUGGCCAACUAUCUGAUCUCGGAGGUCGUGGUGUUUGACCCGAACACCAGCUUCCCCUAUGAAACCUCCGAUGUCCGCGCACGCGCCGUGGCUUGGGUCUUCUCUCUGCUGUUCUUGGGCAUUGCCACUUCGUUGAACUUCCUGCCUCCGCGCAUGUACUCCUGGGUGUUCCGCGCGGGUGUGACUGUGAUCAUCAUCGACAUGCUGCUCAAUUUCAUUUGGCUACCCAUCGGGGUGUCCAAAACUUACGGGUUCCAAUCGGCUGAAUAUGUCUUCACGUCCCAAUACAACGGUGGUGAGACCAGUCCUGGGUUGAACUGGGUUCUUUCUUGGUUCAUGGUCGGAAGCUGUCUCGUGGGACAGGAUGCAUCGGGCCACGUCGCUGAAGAGACUGUUUCGGCCAAAAGGGCAGCUGCCAAAGGAAUCUUCUGGGCGACAGUGGCUUCUGCACUGUGCGGUUUCCCAAUCAUCAUUCUGUUCCUGUUCUGCAUGCCUCCAAUCGAGACAUUUUACGACACCGCUGUCCCCCAGCCAUUCAUCAACAUGUACGCUAUGGCGCUUGGUCCUCAUGCCCAUGUGGUUGCAACCAUCGUUGCGAUGAUCGGCGCAAUUCUGAAUACCUCCAUCUCCUUGGUUGCUGUCUCGCGACUUGUCUUCGCUGUCGCCCGCGAUGGAGUAUUCCCAUUCAGCGACGUGCUUUCACGUGUUUCGAAGUCAAAGCAGCCCCACAACGCUGUCAUUUUCAUUUCGACUAUUGCCGCUCUUCUGUUGUGCACCCAGCUCCCAUCUCAGGUCGCCUUCUCCAGCCUGAUCUCCACUUCAGCUGCAGGCUCGUUGGCCGCCUACGGCCUGGUGGGGAUCGGCCGUGCCUUCAUCACGCGCAAGACUUUCCGUCCUGGCUUCUGGGACUUGGGACGUUUUGGCGUGGCUGCUGCAGUGGUCACAUUCAUGUGGAAUGGGUUCGCAUUCGCUGUCCUCUGCGCCCCAACAUACUCGAACGCCGCGAUUGACGAGGACUCCAGUCUCUUCAAUUAUGCGAUUGUGAUCAUGGGUGGUGUUACGAUCCUCGCUAUUGCGGAGUGGUGGCGCAAGUCCAACGACGAUUGGUUCACCCAUCUCAAGAUCGUCGAUUCCGAUACCGAAACCACCAACUCCGACCGCGAGGAGAAGCCUGAGCCGUCCACCGCCGCCGUUUAG